AAACUCUAUUACAACGCGUUUAUACUUAUUCAAGAUGUAUAAGUGGAAGUUGUACAAAUACAUAUGUUGUGAAACGUUAACACGCUGUUAAUUACAAAUGUCAUUUAAAUAGUUGUAAUAUGGGACAAAAUUUUUUGAAAUCCAACAUGAACGAAUUAGAUGUUUGGAUUAUCCUGUGUUAUAAGAAUUGACGCGAAAAUAUAAAGAUAGACGUCGCACGUUUUACAGUGUAAGAAAUUGCUACUUCUCGAAAUACAUAUGUAUUAUUUUGCUACGAUCGAUUAGAGGACAGUGCGUUCCGUUUGAAUAUAUUCUCGAUUUUUCAAUUGCUACGAAUAGCAGAAUCGGAAACAGAAGAAAGAAUUACUACGCAUCAGGCUUCAGGCGGUAGAAACAUGUGGAAGCUUUAAAAUUUUUGUGAAAACAUAAGUUUUUAUCGAAAAUUCUUAAAUUAUGCGUGUAUUUUAUGAGUGUACGAGGUAUGCACUCAAGUCUCAUACUCAAGUGACAUACCAAUGAAGAGGAUACAUAAUCUAGAAAAUUAUGGCGGCUGUUGCAAAGAAUACGCGUGUACCGGAAACUAAUAUUCCUCAAGCCAAGAACAUCGAUGACUCUCAGCUGGUAGGCGUUUGCAGCGAAAUCGAAAAACAACUACAAGCUGUUUCUCGCGAGCGUCGUGACGUUCAACAUCCAGCAAACACGCUACCCACCUGCUGUCCGCGCUAUCCACCAGGAUCUACGUUGCUGGAGUGUCGUUUCGAAGGUGAUCAACCUGUGGCGCAUAUCGUCCAAAUUCCCGGGGAUCGGUGCACAGCCACCCAGAAGAUAAAUUUGCUCGUCGAGACGAAAGCGACAAAAUUUGGACCAUCGGCCAGGAUCGCGUCUUAUCCUCGAGAAGAUUCGACGACAUCUAACGAAUCGUGUCCAAUAGCGAAACGUCCUAUGACCUUUUGCCUGGAAUCCCGCGAAUGUUCAGAGGGACCAGUCGCUAGAGCCGUCUUGGUUCCCACAGAAGAUCUGUCCUCGAAUGGCUCGGAUAAGAUAACGACGUUGCACAUCAAAAAAGGCGACAAACAUCCGGACAAACCGUAUUCCAAAGUCGCGUACGGCCCAACGAUCGAAGAGAACGGCCCAGACUCCCAUUGUAACGUGGAAGAGCGCGACGCACCUGUGACGUUCUUCGGUUGUACCGCGACUAAGAAACAGGCGACAGCUAGGAUCACCAAAUGCUUGAAAAACGACAGGAACGUUGGAGGGAAAAGGUGUUUCGAGACGCGCGUGCCUCGAGAUAGCGACCGGCCCACGGCUGUGGGUUUUAUCUGCCCACCGGAGAAAUCGGGACCGUGUUCACACGGUAUUCUCGAAACGAAGAUCGACGAGCGUGGACCGGAAACACGAAUGAUCACUUUUCCACGGGGUGAAGAUUAUUACGGUUACAUGGAAUCUAAGGCUUGCGAGGAAGGGCCGACUGCUAGGAUAAUCCAACGAUCAGCCGAUACUAUCGACGAAGAAGAUCGUUUUCAGGUCAAAGGCUUCGAAGAACCUGCUUCAAAAUUCCAGUGUUCGCCAUUGAAUUACGCAGCUACUUGUCCAAGCACGAAGCAACCAAAAGAGAAGCAUGUUAGCGAUAUUAAGCGCGAUUUGCCGGCAGUGAAACGUAGAAACGGCCUUGAUUCCUCUCGCGUCGAUAAACCAAAUACCUCGAAACGGGAGCCGAGAAGACAAGUUUGUCCUGCUUAUUGCUGUCAGCCAACGCCCGAACCUAAGUCGUGUUCAAAUUCGUUCGAGCCAAAUUGUCGAAAACCUCGUACCAACGCUGUCGCUUCUGAUCGUAGGCAACAGUCUACGGAUAGAUCAAAAUCAUGUUCGAGUACGCUUCAGCAACAUCCAGAAUCGCAGACCGACUCUACCGACGUUAAAACGCAGAAAUAUCUUUUGGUACCGUGUACAGUUGUGGACAAAACGAGGGAUCCACUAUCCGAAAGCGAUGCAGAGGAUUGUACAAAGCCGAAGGGUGUUCCUCGAAUUACGUCGGAGGAAUUGCUGACUCGGUAUAGGGAAUAUAUGCCUCCGAAUAUACUGAUUCGCUACGAAGCAUGUCGUUCAAAGAGGAACGGUCUUCAGGAUCAGUGCACUUUGCCUGUUCCAAACAUCGUGCUCGAAUUAAAAAGGAAAGAGAUGCAAUGUACGGAACGAAUCGAUGCAUGUCCCAACUAA